UGGAGGGGGGGGGAUGCACGGAGAAGCCGCCUCAGGACUAACGGACAUCAACGGCCACGAGCUCGCGCGAGCUCUCGAGCUCGACUAAUGGAGGCGGCCACGCGCUUUAGGGGGUUGCACACAUAAGCUGGGGAGGGGGGCUUAGGGAGCCGGGCUUAGGGGAAGCCUACGGGGGUGCCAUCAACAGCUGGAACAUAUUCUUAAAGGAAAAAAGAGGAAAGAAGCAAAAAAGAUGAAUUCUGCCGAGGCUGCUGAUGAAGGACCGAACGAUCCAGAUACGGACCCGUUUUUCAAGACAGUUCCCUCUCUCUCAUCAGGGUCUCUGAGGAACGACGGUAUAAAGGCGGCUGAUGUUCUAACAGUUCUGAGGGAAAAGGUCGCCUUCGUCUCAGGAGGGAGAGACAAGAGAGGCGGACCCAUCCUCACCUUCCCUGCCCGCAGCAACCAUGACCGAAUAAAGCAAGAGGACCUGCGCAGACUGGUCACCUACCUCUCUACUGUGCCCAGUGAGGACGUCAGCAAACGUGGCUUCACUGUCAUCAUUGAUAUGCGUGGCUCUAAAUGGGAUCUGAUCAAGCCGCUUCUGAAGACCCUGCAGGAGGCUUUCCCAGCCGAGAUCUGUGUGGCGCUUAUUAUCAAACCAGACAACUUCUGGCAGAAGCAGAAGACUAACUUUGGCAGUGCCAAAUUCACGUUUGAGACCAGCAUGGUGUCAGUGGAGGGCCUGACCAAGCUUGUGGACCCAUCUCAGCUGACAGCCGACCUGGAGGGCACCCUGGAGUACGAUCACGUAGAGUGGACGGAGCUGCGCGUGUCCCUGGAGGAGUUCACAGGUGGUGCUCUGCACCUCCUCUCCCGGCUAGAGGAGCUUCAGGAGAUGCUCUCUCGCCAGGAAACGCCCGCUGACUCUGAGGAGGCACGCAGGUUGCUGGAGGAGCACGCCCGGCUCAGGAAGACCAUCACAAAGGCCCCGGUGGAUGAGCUGGACCGCGAAGGCCAGAGACUGCUGCAGAAGAUCCGGGACGGGGGAGAUGGGAGGCUGUCCGGGGGGCCUGACUUCCAGAGCCUGGUACCCAGAGUCGCUGCCCUGCUGGACAAGCUGCAGGCCACUCGCCAACACCUGCUGCAAGCCUGGCACAACCGCAAGCAGCAGCUGGACCAGUGCUUUCAGCUACGCCUCUACGAACAGGAUGCAGAGAAGAUGUUCGAGUGGAUAGGGCACAAUAAGGAGCUGUUCCUGCAGACUCACACAGAGAUCGGAGUGAGCUACCAGCACGCCACUGACCUGCAAACGCAGCAUGACCACUUCGCCAUGAACUCCAUGAAUGCCUAUGUGAACAUCACGCGGAUCGUGUCAGUGGCCACACGGCUGUGUGAGGCGGGACACUACGCAGCAGAUCAGAUCCAGCAGGUAUCAGCACAGCUGGAUCAGGACUGGAAGAGCUUCGCCUCAGCCCUGGAGGAGCGCAGCGCCAUCCUGGCCAUGUCCUCUGUCUUCCACCAGAAAGCUGAGCAGUUCCUGUCGGGCGUGGAGAGCUGGACAAAGUCAUGCAGUGAGGGUGGGCUGCCCACAGCCAUGCAGGAGCUGGAGCUGGCCAUCCACAGCCACCAGAAUCUCUAUGAGCAGGUGACAACAGCUUACACCGAGGUCAGUCAGAAGGGCAAGACCCUGCUGGACGUGCUGCAGAGGCCGCAGCCAGCUGACUCUGGGUCAGUGACUGCGGGGGCUGAUUACAGCCAGGCGGUACGGGGAGUGCUGGACGUAGUUCACGAGGUGGUGCAUCAGUACCGCAGGCUGGAGGGCCUUCUGCAGCAUCGCAAGCUCCGCCUUCACCAGAGACUGCAGCUGUGUGUGUUCCAACAAGACGUGCAGCAGGUGCUGGACUGGAUCCAGAACCAUGGAGAGGCUUUUCUCAGUAAACACACUGGAGUAGGGAAGUCUGUACAUCGGGCACGAGCCUUACAGAAACGCCACGAUGACUUCCAGGAGGUGGCACAGAACACGUACACUAAUGCUGAUAAGCUGUUGGAGGCGGCGGAGCAAUUGGCUCAGACUGGAGAGUGUGACCCUGAAGAGAUCUAUGCUGCUGCUCAUCAUUUGGAGGUCAGAGUUCAGGAGUUUGUACGCCGAGUGGAGCAGAGGAAGCUGCUGCUGGAUCUCUCUGUUUCCUUUCACACACACACCAAAGAGCUGUGGUCAUGGAUGGAGGAGCUGCAGAAGAGUCUGGUGGAGCCUGUGUGUUCAGAGACAGUGGACUCAGUGCAAGAGCUGAUCAGGCAGUUCCAGCAGCAGCAGAGCAGCACACUGGACGCCACACUCAAUGUCAUUAAAGAGGGAGAGGAGCUCAUCCAGCACUUACGGGACUCAGCGUUGGCGAGUAACAGGCUGCCCCACGCCAGCUCAGUAGCUCACAUAGAGAGCGUGCUGCAGCAGCUGGACGAGGCGCAGGCCCAUAUGGAAGAACUGUUCCACGAGCGCAGGAUCAAGCUAGACAUCUUCCUCCAACUGCGCAUCUUCGAGCAAUACGCCCUGGAGGUAACAGGUGAACUGGACGCUUGGAAGCAGGAUUUGCUGAGGCAGGCGUCUGACUAUAACACCGAGGAUCUCUCAUUAGCCGAGCAGAGGCUCCAUCGCCACACUGAACGCAAGCUGGCCAUGAACAAUAUGACCUACGAGGUCAUCCAGCAGGGUCAGGACCUGCACCAGUACAUCAUGGAGGUGCAGGCUUCAGGUAUGGAGCUGAGUGGAGAGAAGGAUGUGGACUUGGCUGCUCAGGUCCAGGAGCUUCUGGAGUUUCUGCAUGAGAAACAGCACGAGCUGGAGCUGAGCGCUGAGCACACACACAAACGCCUCGAGCAGUGUUUACAGCUGCGCCACCUACAGGCCGAGGUCAAACAGGUGCUGGGCUGGAUCCGUAAUGGUGAGUCUAUGCUGACGGCCAGUACGGUGAAUGCUGGAUCUCUGUCUGAAGCAGAGCAGCUGCAGAGAGAGCAUGAGCAGUUUCAGCUCGCCAUCGAGUCUCUGCUCCAUGCGGACUCCCUACAGCGGACCCAUCAGAGUGCCCUGCAGCUGCAGCAAAGGGCGGAGAUGAUGCUGCAGGCUGGACACUAUGACCCGGACGCCGUGCGUGCCUGUGCUGAGACAGUGGCCCUUCAUUGGCAGACCCUCAUGCUGAAGAUGGAGGAUAGGCUCAAGCUGGUCAACGCCUCAGUGGCCUUCUAUAAGACUUCGGAACAGGUGUGUAAUGUGCUGGAGAGUCUGGAGCAAGAGUACAGGAGGGAGGAGGACUGGUGUGGAGCGCACGACAAGCUCGGCUCUGCGGCUGACUCGGACCACGUGGCUCCCCUCAUCAACAAACACCUGGAGCAGAAAGAGGCCUUCCUCAAGGCCUGCACUCUAGCCAGACGGAACGCCGAGGUCUUUCUGAAGUACAUCCACCGCAAUAAUGUCAGCAUGCCAGGGGUCACCAGCCACAACCGCGCUCCUGAAACACAGGUCAAAGCCAUCCUGAGCGAGCUGCUCCAGAGAGAGAACCGUGUACUGCAUGUCUGGACCCUGAAGAAAAGGCGCUUGGACCAGUGCCAGCAGUAUGUGCUGUUUGAACGCCAUGCAAAGCAGGCUCUGGACUGGUUGCAGGAGACUGGUGAGCAGUAUUUAUCCACACACACAUCUCCGGGCGAAACCACAGAGAAAACUCAGGAACUACUGAAAGAGUACGAGGAAUUCCGUGUCUCUGCAAAGCAAACCCAGGAGAAGGUGAAGCUGUUGAUUCAGCUUGCUGGUAGCUUGGUGGAGAAAGGCCAUGUACAUGUGACUGAGCUGAAGAGAUGGGUGUCCACCGUGGAUCGGCGCUACCGGGAUUUCUCACUGCGCAUGGGCCAGUACCGCUCAAGCCUGGACCGAGCGCUAGGACUGUGCUCUGAGGACAAUAAAGAUUUGGAGUUGGACAUUAUUCCUGCCAGCCUUACCCACACUGACCCAGAGGUCAACCUCAAUGACCCCAACCACGAGGUCAACGAGGAGAAAAAGAAAUCGGCCAGGAAAAAAGAAUACAUCAUGGCCGAGCUGCUGCAGACAGAGAGGGCGUACGUGAGGGACCUGCAGGAGUGUUUGGAGACAUUCCUGUGGGAGAUGACAAGCGGGAUGGAUGAGAUUCCACAGGGAAUCGCCAACAAGGAGCAUGUCAUCUUUGGGAAUAUUCAGGAAAUCUACGAUUUUCAUAACAAUAUUUUCCUGAAAGAGCUGGAGAAUUAUGAGCAGCUGCCUGAGGAUGUGGGGCAUUGUUUUGUCACAUGGGCUGAUAAGUUCCACAUGUACGUUACCUACUGCAAAAACAAGCCGGACUCCAGCCAGCUCAUCCAAGGCCAAGCUGGGCGCUUCUUUGACGAGAUCCAGAGAAGACACGGGCUGGCCAACUCUAUCUCCUCCUACCUCAUCAAACCUGUACAGAGGAUCACCAAGUACCAACUGCUGCUAAAGGAGUUGUUGACAUGCUGUGAAGAGGGGAAAGGAGAGAUAAAGGAAGGUCUGGAGGUGAUGCUGAGUGUGCCUAAGCGAGCCAACGAUGCCAUGCAUGUGAGCAUGCUGGAGGGUUUUGAUGAAAACCUGGCUGUUCAGGGGGAACUGAUCUUACAGGACACGUUCCAAGUGUGGGAUCCCAAAUCCCUGAUCCGGAAAGGCCGAGACCGCCACCUCUUUCUCUUCGAGAUUUCCCUCGUCUUCAGCAAAGAGAUGAAGGACUCGUCGGGUCGCACAAAAUACGUCUAUAAGAGCAAACUACUGACUUCAGAGUUGGGAGUGACGGAACACAUUGAGGGAGACCCCUGCAAAUUUGCUCUGUGGGCUGGACGCACCCCCACAUCAGACAGCAAAACCAUCCUUAAAGCAUCCAGUAUGGAAGUGAAGCAGGAGUGGAUCCGGAAAAUUCGGGAGGUAAUCCAGGAGAGGACAGUGCAUCUGAAGGGGGCGCUAAAAGAGCCAAUUCACUUGCCCAAAACCCCAGCCAGGCAGCGCAGCGUCAGCAAGAGGGACAACACUGAAGAUGCAGACAGUCAGGGUGAUGCCAGCAGCCAGCCGGACACGAUCUCCAUUGCAUCACGAACAUCCCAAAACACGGUGGACAGCGACAAGUUGUCUGGUGGCUGUGAGCACACGCUGGUCCUACAGGACUUUGUGGCUGGUUGUGCAGCUGAGCUGAGCGUCCAGUCGGGUCAGACGGUGGAGGUACUGGAGCGUUCUGGCGAACGGUCCGGCUGGUGCCUGGUGCGGACCACAGAGCGCUCUCCGCCUCAGGAGGGGCUGGUGCCGUGCAGCACCCUGUCCGUCUCCCACUCCCGCAGCAGCGUCGACAUGGACUGCUUCUUUCCCACCGGCAAAGAGAACUAUCCAGCGGGCGGCUCGGAGGUAAAGUCGGAGUCAGUGGCGUCGUUGCAGCCUCAGGCAUCUGUGAGCUCUCUGACCACCAGCUCUCCUGGAACCAAACGCUCGGGAACCACUGGGAACACACUGAAGAAGUGGCUGACCAGCCCCGUUCGGCGCCUCAGCCACGGCAAAGGAGAUAACGCCAACGCCAAGAAACCCAACAAUAAGCAACGCAAACGGGACGGCCGCAAAAGCGUGGACCUUGGGCCUCAGCACGAGGACAGCACUGAAGAGAGAACAAGAAGAGGAGCAAACAGUGGAGGAGAGGAAGAAGCAGAAGACGAGCCACACACACCUCUGCCUCCUCCAAUGGAGAUCAUGAAUAAUCCCUCGGCUCAGGAGGAGAAGACUCCUGAGCCUGGCUCUUUCCCAGCGUUUGGCAGUGUGACAGCAUCUGAUCAAACACCCCGAGACCCAGAAACUGAGAAGAAGAACAAAGCCAUGAGAGGACGAAUGUUUGUGCUGAAUGAGAUGGUGCAGACGGAGAAGGACUAUGUAAAAGACCUGGGAAUAGUGGUAGAGGGUUUUAUGAGAAGAGUUACGGAGAAAGGUGUUCCAGAAGACAUGACGGGAAAAGAUAAGAUUGUUUUUGGGAACAUUCAUCAAAUCUACGACUGGCACAAAGAGUUCUUCAUGGUUGAACUGGAGAAAUGCUUGCAGGACCAUGACAAACUGGCCGAGCUUUUCAUCAAGCAUGAGAGGCGACUGCACAUGUACGUGGUUUACUGUCAGAACAAACCUCGCUCAGAGUUCAUAGUGGCGGAAUACGACACAUACUUUGAGGAAAUAAAGCAGGAGAUCAACUCCAGGAUGUCCAUCAGCGACUAUCUGAUUAAACCCAUUCAGCGCAUCACCAAAUAUCAGCUACUACUCAAGGACUUUUUGAAAUACAGUUCUAAGGCAGGCCUGGACUGUCAGGAGAUAGAGAAAGCAGUUGACCUGAUGUUCCUGGUGCCCAAGCGCUGCAACGAUAUGAUGAACCUGGGCAGGCUGCAGGGGUAUGAGGGUAAACUGACGGCUCAGGGGAAGCUGCUUCAGCAAGACACGUUCUUCGUGACUGAGCAGGAUUCGGGCGUUCUCUCCCGCAGUAAAGAGCGCAGGGUUUUCCUCUUCGAACAGAUCGUCAUCUUCAGUGAGCUUCUUCGCAAAGGAUCCUCAACGCCUGGAUACCAGUUCAAGAAGAGCAUCAAGGUGAGCUAUCUGAGCAUGGAAGAGCAUGUGGACAGUGACCCAUGCAAGUUUGUAUUGGCGUGCCGCGGUUCGUCUGAGAGGCUAACACUACAGGCUGCUAACAUAGACAUCAAGAUGGAGUGGGUCCACAGCAUACGAGAGCUGCUGGACUUGCAGAGCAACUUCCUCACAGCUCUGCAGAACCCACAAGAGUAUCAGAAGAAGGAGUCUGGAAGCUCUCACUCUCUCAGCCGCCAGGCGUCCAGCAGCAGCCGUUCCUCAUCCUCACACCCCUCCACCCCCCUCAAACCCGCUUCUGCUGCCAACGGAAGCCCCGCCCACAAACCCGCCAAGCAGCAGGAAGAGGAGCUGGACGAGGCAGAGUGUAACGGCCUGUCUUCAGUACUGGUGACGCAGGAUUACAACGCGGUGAAGGAGGAUGAGAUAUGCGUGGUGGUGGGAGAGAAGGUGCAAAUCCUGGCGUCCAAUCAGCAGAACAUGUGCCUGGUGUACCGACCCGCCAACAGCCAAUCGCCUGCUGCAGAAGGCUGGGUGCCGGGACACGUGCUUUCCUCAACCCGGUAAAGCCACGCCCCACCCCCCCCCCCCCUCCCCCUUCUCCUCCACCCCGGGGAAUAAAAACCUCCAGUCACUACUCAACCAAUCAGCAUUCACCUUUCAGUUUCACCACAGUGGACUCUUUGCCAAGAAGGCAUUCGAAACAUGCCAGUCCACCUCCUCUUGAGUUCUUAUUGGCUGAACAAAAAAUGGACAUCUGCCUGGUCCCGCCUCCUAUCGCACUGCAGCUUUGAACUGGAGAUGCACGCUAAGUCAGACUUGGAUGUGACAUCACUUCCUGCUGUGGAUGUGGUUAAAAACAAAACACAAAAAAGGAAAAUAAUUAAAUAUGCUAUUAAUAAUAAUAAUGAUGAUGAUGAUGAUGAUAAUAAUAAAGAUUGUGUUGUAUAGAGAGGAACUCAAGGUGAAAUUGUUAGUGCAUUAAGUGUGGAUGCUUUUGAAUGUUAGUGUUCUACUGUUUUUCAUCGCCAUCCUCCAUUGCUCUGGAAUGGACGUUUCUCUCCGGAGAGAAUUCUCUCUCUCUCUUUCUCAGCCGUCUAUGCCAAGUCAUUUGCACACUGUGUACUAUAUUUUCUUGUGUUGAGAUUAUUUUUUGAAAGGCUUUUUUAAAGUUGUCUUCUUUAUGAUUUACAGAAAUCAGAUGUGGCAUUUUUUUUUGUUUUGUUCUAGUUUAUUUUUUUUUAAUUUACAGAUUCAGUUUCCUGUAGAAGAAAAAAACAUUCUGCACUUUCCAGAAACAGAUGUAUCGCAAAGACGCCAAGUUGUGCAAUAUCACAAUAGUCACAAUGCUCAUCAUUGUACCUUUAAUGUAACUAAGAAUUUUAAAUGUAUUAUUCUGUAUCAUUUUAAAUUUGUACAUAAUAUUUUUGACAUUGCCAUGAUAGAAACAUUACCAGAGGAAAGUCUUAGCUGUUUGCCCUAAAGGAUCAGAGAAAUUACGGUAGUCCACACUGCCUCCUCAAUCUGACAGUUAUUUUUACAUUUCGACAUCUUCGGAGUUAGUAACAGAUUUAGUUAAGAGUCAUCCAGAUCAUAUCAGGCCAAAAUGUUUACUGAAAUUAGUUAAUUAAAGUUGGUGUUGUCAAUGGAAGAUCUUUAUAAUUGUCAGUAUCUGCUCUAGCAGUUUCAGGUGGACUCAUGGUUGCAGCAUCCUCCUGCAGAACUAUGUGUGUACAUAAAAAAAAAAAAGAAAAUCCAGCAGGUAUUUCACUUGUUAAUCUCUGGAAUGUGGUUCAUAAUAAAGCUGGCAAUUUUUCAUC